UGAUUGCAUUUCCGUGUUAGGAAAGGGCGGACGCUUGCUUGGUGGAAAGUUAUUUUAUGUGCCUUCACCUUGUAGGUUGGCGUUUAUCCCCUCUGGUGUGCUCCAGUGACUCUCCUCGGCCAUGGCGGGCACCGUGAAAAGACCAGCAGGUCUAGUAGACAAGGAAUAUGAGGACAGCAAAGCGGAGCACAUCCGAAACCACCACAAGCAGGCCUUCGAGUACAUAUUAAUGGCCCUGAAGACUGACGAGGACAACAGAGGUCAGAAGGAACAGGCAAUUUUGUGGUACAGGAAGGGUAUUUCGGAGCUGGAGAAGGGCAUUGCAAUUGAGGUGACAGGCAAAGAUGAGCAGUACGAGAGAGUUAAACGUCUCCAAGCCAAGAUGUCCACCAAUCUUCUGAUGGCCAAGGAGCGUCUGGAGCGUUUAGAGGGCAAAGUGGCUUUCGGAAGGACGGACCCCCUGACUCACAGCAGCCAUCCUCUACCUCAGUUGAGUCCUCUGCCCAGACAUUCCACCUUCAGACUACCAGAGGGCCAGCGCUCAUCUGCCAGCAGUGGGUCCUCCAACCACAUUCUACAUCCUACCAAUAAGCUAUCCAGCAUCAAGGGUCCUACCAAAGCAGGCAACGGGCACAGAAGGAACCCAGCAGCUUCGUCGCCGGCCAAGAAGAACAACAUGAGGAACCUGAAGAACGUGGACCCUAAGCUGGCCAACCUCAUCCUGAAUGAGAUUGUGGAUGGCGGUGCAGGUGUGCGCUUUGAGGAUGUGGCCGGUCAGGAGCUCGCCAAGCAAGCGCUGCAGGAGAUUGUCAUUCUUCCUGCCCUGCGGCCGGAGUUGUUUACAGGUCUCAGAGCUCCAGCACGAGGCCUGCUUCUUUUUGGCCCCCCAGGGAAUGGGAAGACUAUGCUGGCAAAGGCCGUCGCCAUGGAGUCCAGUGCAACCUUUUUUAACAUCAGCGCCGCCAGCCUGACUUCCAAAUAUGUUGGUGAAGGAGAGAAGCUUGUCAGGGCCCUGUUUGUUGUUGCCAGAGAGUUACAGCCAUCCAUCAUCUUCAUCGAUGAAAUCGACAGUUUGCUGUGUGAGAGGAGGGAGGGUGAGCAUGACGCCAGUCGGCGGCUGAAAACGGAGUUCUUGAUCCAGUUUGAUGGGGUUCAGUCUGGAGGGGACGACCGGGUCCUGGUGAUGGGCGCCACCAAUCGGCCGCAGGAGCUGGAUGAGGCUGUGCUCAGGCGGUUUGCAAAGAGGGUGUAUGUCACUUUACCCACAGAGGAGACGCGCUUUCAUCUGAUGCAGAACCUGCUUUCAAAACACGGAAGUCCACUCAGCCAGAGAGAGCUGGCCCAGCUAGCCAGAGUGACGGAGGGCUAUUCAGGGAGUGACCUGACUGCUUUGGCCAAGGAUGCUGCCCUGGGACCAAUCAGAGAGCUGCAUCCAGAACAAGUUAAGAACAUGGCGGCCAGUGAGAUGCGAAAUAUCAAGUUCAGAGACUUUGUUGAGUCGCUGAAGAAAAUCAAGCGCAGCGUGAGCCCACAGACUCUCAGCACGUACCUUCAGUGGAACGAGGAGUACGGGGACACCACUGGCAUGUGAAACGGCGCCCUCCACGGGUCUGGGGCUGAACAGCUGCCUGGAUUAAUGGAGGAUAAUAACACAACCUCACUUAUUUUUUACCUCUUUCUACUUUAAAAUCAGAACGGGAACAGAGCACAAAACUACAGACAGAGCAGUAGUGCAACAGCAAACCUCACCGCGUCGUUAAUUUAAAGUGAAACUGAGUGGCCAGCUGGGAGUCUUGUCUGGCACAUCGUGGAGCUGUGGAACACAUGUAGCAGAGGGCAAAGGGUGUUAGCAUGGCUUUGAUACUCACUGCCAUAUUUCAUAUUUCAUAGCUUCGGAGCAGCAUUUUGGGUGACUGGAGGGAAACAUUUGCUUUCUCCCGCUUUCUCAAUGCAGAAAUUGGAGCUGAGUUUCAGAGGCUGAUGUUGCAAGGGAGGCCUCAAAUCUCUUGUUUAAUUAAUGGUACUAUAAGUAAAAAAAACCUGCUGAAC